AUGUACCAUAAGCAAAAAGAAUAUUUACGUCAAAUUGCUAAAGCUAGUGAAGCAAUUCGACGUAAGCAUCGUAUGUUUAAAAUGGGAAAAGAAAAUGUUGAAAACGCUCUAAAUGAAACAUUCAAACCCAUAGUUCAACCUUUAGAAAAAAUUGUUAAUAUGUCUGAUAUUAAACGUGAAAAUGUUAAAACGGAAAAGAAAGAAAAGCUUGAAUUUAAAGAGGAGCAAGAUGAUGAUAGCAUGUCUUUUAUGAGUGCUGAUGAUAGUCAAUCAUCAUCAUCAUCAUUAAUUCCAGGCUUUGAAUAUGAUAGAGUUCUUAGUAAAUAUAUGUACUUGGUCAAUCAUAACAGAAAACAAUGUUUAGAUCUAGUAUACGGAGUUCGUAAGGUGAGAGACGGAUCACUUGUGAUUGGUGAUUCACCAAUAAGUUUUAAAGAUCACAUUGUGAAUGUUGGAAAUAAAAAUUUUAAUAUUACCUCUGGAUUAUUGGAACUUUUAUUUAAAAGUAAACCUGAAAACUCAUACAUUAGUGAAGAUAAUAUGAAUAAUUAUAAACAAAUCCUCAUUACCUCAAAUGCACACAGAAAAAAAUACAGUUCCUCUGAACCUGUUCAAACAAGUAGAGGUUAUAAAUUCACCAAUAUUAUAUCAAAACUUUUUCCUCACAAUGAAACUCCAAAAAGGCAAUCAAAAACUGGCAGUUCGCUUCCAAAAUUUAUGAUUACGAAAAGAAAUUUUCAACCAGACUAUGUCUAUUGGGAUGAUCCUAAUGAGUUGGUUGACCGUUUAAGACUACUUACUGCUUCUCAAACAGCUGGUAAUCCAAGUCAUAAUAAUGAAAUUAUGUCCAUUAUUAAAGAGUUACGUGAAGCUCAAAUUAUAUAUUAA